UACACGUGUAAGAAUUGUCUCCAGUUCUGUCGAGGACACACGACCCCUUUUUAUGCAGUAUCCACAUCAUGGAUAUUCCAAAGUAAUCCUCAGUUACGGACAUCCACUUUUAGAAUUGAUAAACUUUUGCAACGAUAAACACGAAGAGUCAAUCGAAGGAGAAAAAAGUAUCUCUGGGUUAAAUCUGACGGACGAUAUACGUCCCAUGCACACCGUCGCAGGUGUCGGGCAAACCGGAGGAUGUGUGCGUCGGCACGGUUGUAUCAGUGUACCACGAAGAGGGGGAAGUCGGUCGAUGCCGCGGAACCGUGGCACGCCGGAAUCACGUGCACAUCAGCAGGCAUCCGCGUGUUCAGCUGUGCCGAUUCGCUUGGGGAACACCGCGAACUCUCGGCUUCUCGAGUACAAUACCCGCGGUGUUCCAGGACAUUUUUAACCCCCUCGAGCUG